AUGUCGAAUAAGAAUGUGAAGCCACCGCAGAUGCCGAUUAAUCGCAAUGGAACGGGGUUGCAGAGUGGGUAUGUGUUUCUGGGGGUUAAUGGGUUACCGUCUAGUGGGCAGAAUUGGCCGGGAAUAUUUGAAUUUUCGGACGACCGUAUGGGGUCACUUGUUUGGAUUGCAAAUUACACUGAGCCUUUUGACUUCAGGGUCCAAACGUACAAGGGCGAGUCUGUUUUGACACUAUGGUCAGGAGAGUUACUGAAUGGGUUCGGGCGUGGGUCGUACCAUAUCCUCAACCAGAGCUAUGAUGAGAUUGCGCAUUUCGAAGUUGAUCGUUUCGGCGAAAAUAUGGGAGAUAUCCACGAAUUUGGUAUUACCGGUGAUGACACUGCGCUAGUCAUUAUUUACCACGGUAUACCCUGGGAUCUGACAACGUCUGGGGGUAUUGAGAAUGGCUGGCUUUUCGAGAACACGUUCCAGGAGAUCAAUAUAGAAACUGGUGAACUUGUUUUCGAACGGAACGCCAGCACCCACGUUGGAAUCAACGAACCGUACAACUCGUUACCGUCUGAUGUAGGUCAGUCUGAGGACACUCCGUGGGACUACUUCCACAUGAACUCUGUCGAAAAAGACAACAAUGGUGACUACCUUGUCUCCGCACGACUAGACGAGUCGCAAACACGGCUCACUCUCUUCGACAAUGGGCCCACCGAUACAAUCGGCUAUUCACGUGGGCUCCUCCUAUCUGUAGAUCAGUCCGCGAAAACCGUCAAACUCCUCACUGAAUUCACGAACUCCGCAAAGACAUUUGCAAUAUAUGAAGGUAGCCUACAAGCUAUCGACCCCGCCAACGAAACCACAAACUACAUGCUCGGAUAUGGCAGCGAGCCCUUCUUCGCUGAGCUAGAUCACCAGGGUAACAUACUCCUCGACAUGCAGUUCGGGAAAUCGAAUGUCGUAAACGCGUAUCGCACUUUCCGCCAGCAAUGGCAGGAUAAGCCAGCAACAAAUCCAGAUCUGCACUGGGAUCGAGAGGGAAACAAGGUGUAUUUUUCAUGGAACGGUGCUACCGAUGUGGACAGUUAG